AUGAAAUUUGCUAAAUGUCUUCGAGCCGAAUUGGUACCAGAGUGGAAAGAGAAAUACAUUGAUUAUGAAGGCUUGAAAAUUAUUUUAAGCGCAAUCGACUUGGUACCAACCAGUCAAUCUACCCCUUUCUCACUUACAAAUAAUGAUUUUACAAUAUCGAUACCUCAAAAAACCACGGGAACUUUAAAAACAAAUGCUUUAUCUAGUAUAAUUUCAAGAUCAAGUAGUUUGAUGAAAAGAAUGUCUAAAACUUGUUCAAACGUUAUACAGAAGCGGAUAUACUCUUCACAAAACGUGAAUAAUCCUAUAAUGUCAUAUGAAUCUCUUUGGAAUCAAAUUACUCCUCAUGAAAAGGAGUUCUUUAUGACUUUAGAAGAUAAUUUAAACAAAGUUGAAAAUUUCUACGAAGCGAAAUUAAGUGAAGCCUUAAGACAUUUUGACGAACUAAAAAUACAAUACAAAUGUGUGAAAGAAUCUAGAAAGGAAUGGUCGAUAACACCUGGUACCACGACACCAAUUUCACGAGUUGAAGAAACAAAAUUUCGUGCUAAACGAAAUAUGGACUAUAAUUCCGCUAAAAAAUCAAUUAAAAAGGCCAUAUUUGAAUUUUAUAGAGGAAUUGAAUUGUUAAAAUGCUAUAAGACUCUAAAUCAAACGGGAUUCGCAAAAAUCCUAAAGAAAUAUGACAAAGUUGCGAAAAGAAACGGAAGUGAGAUAUAUUUACCGCGAAUUGCCAAUUACAAUUUCGUAAAAUCACCUGUUCUGGAUAAGCUCAUCCAAGAGACUGAGGCCUAUUAUAUUAAUAAUUUCGAAGGAGCUAAACGUCAACUUCGACUCCAAAAUAAAGAACAAAAG